AUGGUCUCGACGUUAGUCAACGUCAACGCGGAUGUUUACCGUGACUUCGUUCUGCACAAGGUUGUUCCCGCUAUCAAGGCCAACUUUACCAGUGCCUACAAAAGGGUCAUUUUGCAGCACGACAAUGCGACACCCCAUGCCUCGGUCACGGAUGCAGUCCUGGAGAGUGUAUCCACGGAUGGAUGGAAGUUCGUCGUUCGUCGUCAGCCGCCCAACAGCCCUGACCUGAAUGUCCUGGACCUUGGUUUCUUUGCAUCCAUCGAAGCUCUACAGUACAAGAUGGUGAGUUCAUCCAUUGACGAUGUGAUUUUCUCGACGUUGACAGCUUUCGACCACCUCAGUGUCGACAAGCUGGAGAACGUAUUUCUCUCGCUGCAGGCUGUGAUGCGCCUGGUUCUUGAGCAUCAAGGCGACAACCACUUCAAGUUGCCCCACCUACGUAAAGAUGCAUUGAGACGUGCUGGCAACCUCAUGGCUACUGUGGCGUGCCCUGUUUUCCUCCUCCAUGAGUCGGACAUGUACCUCCAACCCCACGGAAUUCCAAGCCUCGAAUAG